CAACUCUAAAUCGCUUCGGGUUAGCGUGACUUUCAGGCAUCAGAAAUACAUCGGCUUUGUAAAGAAAGAUGGGAGCUAAUAUUUCGACUGAGUAUGAAGCCAAUGGAUCAACAAUGAACAAGGACCUUGUUGUUACAUGCAAUGGAUCAUCAGCAAAAAAUGGUCGGAAUAUUGUAUCAAAUGGAUCAUCAUCAGCAAGCAAGGGUCGGGUUCUUGCAUUCCAUUCCUCCUCGAAAUGGAAGAUCCAUUUUGAAGCCUCAAAAUUGACUUCAAAUCUGAUGGUCGUUGACUUCAAAGCUUCUUGGUGUGGACCUUCCCGAUCCAUGGAACCUGCCAUGAAUGAAUUUUCUGCUAAAUAUACAGAUGUUCAUUUCAUUAAAAUUGAUGUUGAUGAGUUGGAAGAUGUGGCUAAGGACUUUGGAAUUCAGAUUAUGCCCACUUUCAUACUGAUAAAGAAAGGAGAAGAAGUUGAUAAGCUUGUUGGAGCCAACAAAGAAGAACUUAGGAAGAAGAUUGAGAAAUACAGGGCUCAAUAGAACCCCCAUCCUACCCUACCCCAAAGUCUUGUCAAGUGGUUUUCCUACAAUUCCCUUUGGUUUUAGUUUCAUAUAUUAGCCGGGUGUGUUAUCCGAAAAUAAAGAUGCAUGAAUAAUGUUAAUUUUUAUGUAACACAAUGUAAUGAUUUAUAAAUAAUAUUAGCACUUUUUUAUUAUAAAAGUGCAGUUUAA